UCCCAAUUUCUUGAGUGUCGCGAUUUGGGCUUUUGGAAAACCAAACAACGGCCAUUCAAAGUGAUCUUCAUAGAAAAUCAAACAGAGAUUUAGAAAAGUAUUAUUCAGUAAACGAUGUCGUUGUGGUUGUCAUCUUCAUCGUCACUCUUCUCCAAGCCUUUCAAUGGCAACACCAAAUCUGUUACCUCCCGCUUCAGAGCUUCUGCCGAUGUUCCAGACUUUCUUUCUGUCGAUUGGCUGGAAUCUCGCAGGAAGAGACCUUUUGGUCCAAGAUUAAGUUUUAGUGCAGAAGAUUCUGUCCAAUAUCAACUUGAUGCAUUGAUGUUCAACGACCAACCACGUCCAGAUUAUGGGGUUGAAGUCAUGUACAGGUUUGCUGGAUUUGAUCCCUUUGAAAGGUCUCUGUAUUUCGGGCCUUCUUUUGAUUUGGGACAGUUUGAGCGGUUUCGAAGAAUUUUCCACCAUUCAACGUACCGAGUUUUACUAAAUCACAAGGAGAGAAAGAUUCUGAGCACUUUAAAUGUUGAGGAGAAUCUGUACAAGCAAAGGGUUUGGAUACGAGGAGCUCGGCCCGAAGAAGAAGAAACAUUUCAGUUUACCAUGGUUCAGAGAGUUGGUGGGUUUUGGGAUGGUUAUUGGCUUACAGAGUCUCUUCUUCACGACGGAGAUAGUUUUUCCGGCGGGGUGGCGUACUGAAGUAGGGUGGUGGAGAUCUGUGAAUAAUUGCUUCAAUCUUCACUGCCUUUAUAAAUGUUAUACGCAAUUAAUUAGAAUAAUACAUAUAUGUUGUCAUGUAUAUGGAUCCAUGUAUAUAUAUAUUUGAUAAAUAAACUUCAUCUUGUUAC